UCGAGACGAACUCUUUCAAAUUACUCUAAGCCGGCUGGGUUGCUGGUUAGCAAAUUUAGUUGCAGCAAUGGCAAUGGAGCUAAGUAUUUUAACUCUGAAUAUCUGGGGCAUUCCGUACGUGUCGAAGGAUCGAGAAGUUCGCGUGAAGGCUAUUGGUGACGUGUUGGCCAGUGGCAACUAUGAUAUCGUCUCGCUGCAGGAAGUAUGGUCCGAUAGCGACUACCAAUAUCUAAGGCAACGAGUGGAAAACGUGCUUCCGUUUUGCCACUAUUUCUACAGUGGCGUUGUCGGCUCAGGGUUAGCGAUUCUCUCGCGGUAUCCGAUUGUAUCGGCUUUCUUCCAUGCGUGGUCCGUGAACGGCUACAUUCACCGUAUCCAGCACGGCGACUGGUUCGGUGGGAAAGGGGUCGGUAUGGCCAAGAUCUCUGUGAACGAUCAGCUGGUGCAUGUGUACGUUGCCCAUCUUCAUGCGGAAUACAACCGACAGUGUGAUGAUUACAUGGCCCAUCGCGUAAUACAGGCACAUGAUACGGCACAGUUUAUUGAAAGUACUCGCGGCCAGUCGGUACUGCAAGUGCUGGCUGGCGAUCUCAACACCGAACCUGGAGAUCUCGCUUACCGCGUUUUGGUUACCAGCUCGAAGUUAAAGGAUUCGUAUGACCGAAAAUUGGUUGGCAACUACAUCGGCACGAACGAAUGCCAGCACAACAGCUACACCGAUGCUUUGGCGGCCAAACAGGCACCGAACGGGAAGCGUAUCGACUACGUGAUGUAUCGCAUUGGGGACAAUUACGAGGGACGUUUGCUGGAGCAUCGGUUACCCUUACCGGAACGAGUGCCUGGGCAGUCUUUUAGUUACUCCGACCACGAGGGCGUGUACGCGAAAUUGAUACUAAAGAAAAGCUCAUCAUCCUCGACGAUUCAGAACUUGAUCGCGUGUAACAGUGGGAAAGCCCGAGAAGAGGAGAGCUGCAGUCGCGAUUCUGAGGACGAAAUGCAACUAGAGGCAGUACUGGCCCUCCGUGAGAGUGUGGCGAUUUGUAACGAAAGCCUAAAGCAGCUUGAAUCGCACCGGCGCAGCUAUUCGUUGAUGGCGAUCGGUGUGAUCAUUGUGCUGCUUAAUCUACUCGAGCUACAGGCACCGUAUGGUCUGAAGAUCGCCUUUCUGGUGCUGAAGUUUCUGCUCUGUGCGAUCAUCAUAUUCUUCGUGGUAAUGGCCACUAUUUGGAACGUGAUGGAAAAGCACGGCAUACUAUCGGGGAAGCUUUCGAUGGAGAUUGCCCUGAAAGGGUACAGCCUUGACGGCCCCUCGUCGGGGCUGGCUACGGGUCGUUGAGUGAGAAAUAACGCGUUGAAAUGUAUUUUUAUGCUUCCAUCUCACCCGGUAGCACUCGUUUUGAUAGUAACCUUCGCUAAAUAACUCUACGGCAAUAGGCAACGAUAGAAGAGUGCACGAUUGCCGGUGCUGUGCACCGGCCACACAAAGCACGGUCCGGUAAAUAGUUUGUUAAAGCUGGAAGAAAUAUAAACAUUCCCCGAAAUAGAGCCCUUGCAUGGGAAA